UGGUUUGCUUAUGCCUUCAUGACCAAGUGCCUCAUCACCCUCUCCACGGUGGGAUUAGUGAUCCUGAUCCUGGCGUUUCACAUCAAAGAGAUCCAGCUCUUCAUGCUGGACAAUUCCCUCACCGAUUGGCGAAUUGCAGUCAGCACCCCGAAAUUGGCUCUCAUCACACUGGAGCUUUUAGUCUGCUUCCUUCACCCCUUCCCGGUGGGAGAUUUCGUUUGCCUGGAUCCCAAGUCGGAACAGACCCUCGUCUUCCUCUCCGAUGUUGACAUGUUGCUCUCACUGGUGAUGUUCCUCCGCCUCUAUCUGGUCCCUCGAGCUGUGCUAAUGCGGAGUAGUGUGAUGGGAGAUGCCUCCUACCGUAGCAUCGGGUCCCUCAACAAGAUCCACUUCCAGUACCCUUUUGUGUUACGGGUGAUGGUCAACAGCCAGCCGGGGCGUGUGCUGCUGAUCUUUACAAUGGGACUCUGGAUCAUCGCUUUUUGGAUACUGUCCGUCUGUGAACGGCAGUAUAUGGAUGAGAACAACUACCUGGGUGGGACAUUCUGGUUGAUUCCCAUCACUUUUCUGACCAUCGGCUACGGAGACGUGGUGCCCGAAACAGUCUGCGGGAAAGUUGUGUGUUUGUUCACUGGUGUCAUGGGAGUGGGGUGCACAGCUCUCCUUGUGGCCGUGGCUGCAGAUAAACUGGAAUUCACCAGAGCAGAGAAACAUGUCCAUCACUUCAUGAUGGAUAUCCAGUGUGCCAAAGAGAUGAAAUGUUCAGCGGCCAACGUACUACAAGAAGCCUGGUUAUUGUACAAGCAUACCAAGAGGAAGGAUGGAUUAAGGACGCGCAAACAUCACCGGCGGCUGCUGGCAGCCAUUCACAUGUUUCGCCAUGUGAGGAUGAAACACCGUAAGAUCCGAGAUCAAGUCAAUACCAUGGUGGAUAUUUCUAAGAUGCAAAUGAUCAUGUGCGACCUCAAGUCCAGCCUUUCCAGCUCUCACCGGGAGCUGGAAAAACAGAUCGAGUCCCUCGACAGGAAACUGGACGAGGUGACCAGAUUGCUUUCCGUCCUUGUGCAGUCCAAGCAACAGGAGGAACAGCAGGUGCAUUGAUGAUGGUCAAAGGCUGCCAGGUUGGACAUUGAGAGGAUUUUGAUCUCAUUUACCCAUCCCUGGCUCAAGAAAUGGACUUUUAGAAGGCCAUCUGCCUUUUUUUUUAAAAUGGAUUCCACAUAGGCUAAAGAAACUGUUACUACAGCUCCAUCCCGUGGUACCUUCAAAUCACUGCAAGCCUUAUAAACCUUUAGCAUCAGUGGACUUAAAAACUGCAGUUUCCAGUUGAGGAAACGAUUGUUCGGGUGAAUGUAUCUGCAAAGACAUAUGCGGAGGGUCUUCUGGAUGGAAACCACAUCCUGGUCUCCUCUUUAUUGAAGAGAAAAAAAACUGAACUGUGGAGGGAACAGGGUGGAAACUACUUAUGGGAUAGGGAAACGGCCAGAGAAGUAAGUACUUGAACGGAAGAAAAAGCUCAGCGCUGUGGAAUGCGAAGGGUUUUUUGCCUUUGUUCUUGGGCAGAAACUUUUUCCAGACGUUGCAGGAAUCAGAUCUGCAGGAAGCAGUUGGUAACCUACUGCCCAGUAACUUCUUCAGGGUGGAAGACGCCGUUCGGUUUAGUUUUGACAGCUUGCCACAGAGAUUUGGUGACUGAGUAAAAGUGACAAGCUGCCUACAGGCCAGGACCCUUGCGUGUCACGGGGAGAGGGGCUUCAUUUUUUAUAUUUGGUGUAUCUGUGUGAAAUUCUCGAGGCUACUUAGAAUCGUACGACUUGAUCGGAGGGGCUUUGAGUUCCAAUCGUGCACUUGGUGCAAAAAUCUAAAUU